UGAACGCCGAGCAGUCGAGUGUUGGUCCGGCCGAGAGUCGCUUGUGUGAAAACGCGCGGGAAAAGCUGUCAAUUGUCAAUUUUGUCUGCGUAAAAAGUAUUUAAUGUGUUGUUUCUUUUUGUAUGCGAUACAAUAUGGCGUAAAACAUCUUCCAAAAAGCUGCCUUCAAACAGUACAAAAUGAAUUGUCUUAUUGUAAUAGCUAUGAUAAUUAUAACGAAUAGAUGUGAUGCAUAUAAAAAUAAUGAAAUUAAAAAUGAUCUCAAAGAAAUAGAUAUAGAUUUACUUAGGAAUGAAAAAGAAAAUAACGUACAAAUAGAUACAAUAGUAACACCAGAAUUUGAAUAUAAAGAAUUAUUCAUGAGAUUUGCAAGAAAUCAAACGCACUCAAGAGUUAAAAGAAUAGUACAAGAAGUAGAGCAGACAACAAAUCUAACCGAAGAAUGUGUAGGAGCCCCAGAGUUUUGUAAUCUAUCACGAGAAGAGUAUGUAACUAUGUUGAAUGAAUAUGUAUACCCGCACACAUACGAAUGGGUCUUGAUAGCAACGCACACAGCUGUAUUCGUGAUCGGAUUGGUUGGGAAUGCGCUUGUUUGCGUGGCAGUGUAUAGAAAUCAUUCUAUGAGGACAGUGACGAAUUAUUUCUUAGUGAAUUUGGCUGUAGCGGAUUUUAUGGUGAUACUAUUCUGUUUGCCCGCGACAGUUCUAUGGGAUGUGACGGAAACUUGGUUUCUAGGUGCUGCCUUGUGCAAGAUACUGCUUUAUUUUCAGUCAGUAUCGGUGACAGUGUCAGUUUUGACAUUGACAUUCAUCUCGUUUGACCGCUGGUACGCCAUUUGCUUCCCGCUCAAAUUCAAGUCAACAAUCAGCCGUGCGAAAACCGCCAUUCUGCUAAUAUGGACUAUCUCGCUAACGUUUAAUGCGCCAGAGUUGGUGGUGCUUACUACGGUGAAGUUGGUUCCACUACGCUUCGAACUGGAGUAUUUAGUUCAAUGCACGGCAACUUGGUCGUACACCAGCGACCUGGUUUGGCACAUCACAAAAGUUGUUUUUAUAUAUACCAUUCCCCUACUCCUGAUGACAGUUGCAUAUCAUCAGAUAGUUAGGGUGCUUUGGAGUUCAGAUAAAAUACCAGGACAAGCUGAAACCAUGAAAUUAGCUUCUGCUGAACAAUCUCAGCUUCGGUCCCGUCGCAAGGCUGCCAAGAUGCUGGUGGCUGUGGUUGUCAUGUUUGCUGUCUGCUACUUCCCUGUUCAUCUAUUAUCUGUUCUUAGAUACCUACCAGAUAUAAAGCAAAACGAUGUACUUACGUGCUUGGCGCUUCUCUCACAUGUUCUGUGCUAUGCAAACUCCGCUAUCAAUCCGUUGAUAUAUAAUUUUAUGAGUGGUAAAUACAGACGGGCAUUCAAACGUGCAUUUUGUUGUUCGACCGUUCCCAGCUUCGAGACCCAAACAACAUCCUCGCGACUUACAUCCAAACGUCAGGAAAGAUGUCCCCACAUCUAUCAACGGCAUAGAAUGUGCGUAUGUUACGGCAGAGAGUCGUAUAGAAAUAAUUAUAUGUAUUAGCUAUGUGUGAUACAUGAAAAACUUUUUAUUUUAAGAUUCCAUAUUCGUAUUAAUACAUAUUUUUCGUCUCUUUCUGGCAAAUUGUGUUUUCGCUGUGUUGAGACAGAUGAGUAAUUAAAACUUACAACUUAUUUUCUAAGAAAAGGGGUUAGUUCCUAUAAUGAUUUUAAAUUAAAAAAAAUAUUAAUAAAUAUUUACGAAGUUUUUGCAGGUUUUCUGUGACUGCAAACUUUAUGUCUAAGCAAUUCUAGUCGCGGAACUUUGAUUAGACUAGGAGUAUUCUGGAGCAUCUAGUUACAGUGUGAC